GACACAUAUGCCGGAAGUUGAACGUACGUUAAGUAUGGCGAAGAAAGUCGUGGUACACCACGAAGCUUUAUCGGUCUUAUCAAAUAUAUGUAGCUCAAAACAGAAGACUCAAGGAUGCUUGCUCGGAUACAGAAAUAGUAGCAACUAUGAAGUUGUUGCAUGUGCAAAAUGUCAGGAUGGCUGGAACACAAACGACAUUAAGCAGUAUUUACCAGGAGGUAUAUAUAUUAUUGGUGUGUUUUACUCAAAUGCUGUUGCUACGGACACUAGCAGUAUUGUCAGAGAUUUGGGCAGUUUUGGAUUGGAAAAGAUUCUGGUGGAGGGAGAGGAUUUGGUGGUAUGUCCCAUUGGAAUUGAGUGUGACACUGUUGCUGAGGAGAACUUUUAUUUGUGGACAGACGGACAGACACUGACCAUACCAACGGUCAGCAUAUCACGUGACUGCAGUCUAGACAGUCUCCUUACUAUUAGGAUCAAAUGUCCCAUUCCUUUGAGUUUUGAACUUGUUACAAAAGCUGAUAUAUGGAAGGCAAAUCUUCAGAAGGAAAUACAUGAAUUGUGCAAUGCAUCACAGUCCAGGAGUGUGCUAUAUCAUCUUAAAGACAGUGACAUCCUGGUGGGAUCAGACCAGCUAUGUGGUCUGUCCCGAGAUUCUUCCUGUUCUGAUCUCCACUCCCAUAUCAAAACUGGGGAUGGGUUCGGUGAAGGUGGCAGAAAGUCAAAAAAGGAACAACUGUCUACACUACAGUUCUCCAUGUAUCACCAGAUAAACAAAAAGUCUUCAUUUCAUGCUGUUCCAUCGUGUUGUCCCGUCAUAAAACAUUCACUAGGCAACUAUAAGAGCGUUGAGAUGACCCUGCCUGUGGAUGCUGUGGCAGUGGUCAGCAGAGACUUACCGGUCACAGAUCUACACACAGUUCUCAGUACAGCUGUGUGUCACCAGCUCACAGCCAUGGCCGCCUGUAUCAUAAAGGACACAGUUGCAAAAAGUGAGAAGUUCAGUAAACCUGUUCCCUACCACUUCCAGCCAGGUGGUCUACAGGCCAUAUUCUCAGUUGUGUACUUACAAAAUAUGACAGAGGAACAGUUAGUACAAAGACGGACAGAGGUCCACAGAAUGCUGGGUUUGCCAGAAAACCAGCCCUUAUUUAGGAGAUGCAAUGCUGUGAUGUUUCAUGAGGAUCGCUCCAGUUAUGGGUAUCUGAUCAACCCUCAUACAGGCAUCUCAAGUCAGGGAGUGAAGGGAGGGACACAGUACCUAGUGGAUGGUCUCUAUAGCUACCACCAUUACAUGCAGGACAGGUUUGAUGACAACAAGUGGGGUUGUGCUUACCGCUCUCUGCAAACUCUCAUGUCCUGGUUCAAGCUGCAGGGCUACACAGAAAAACCUGUCGCAAGUCACAAAGAAGUGCAGCAGGCUCUUGUUGAUGUUGGGGACAAGGAUCCCAAAUUUGUGGGGUCACGCCAGUGGAUCGGGUCAAUGGAGGUCAGCUACUGUCUGGACCACCUUUUAGGGGUAACUUCAAAGAUUAUGUUUGUCAGUACUGGUGCAGAGCUGACAACUAAAGGGAGAGAACUGGCUCUCCACUUUCAGACACAAGGGACUCCAAUCAUGAUAGGUGGUGGUGUAUUGGCUCAUACCAUCCUAGGGGUGGAUUUCAAUGACGUGACUGGAGACCUGAAAUUCCUCAUCCUUGAUCCUCAUUAUACUGGUGCUGAAGAUCUGAAAGUCAUUCUGGAUAAAGGAUGGUGUGGCUGGAAAGGACCGGACUUCUGGGAUCAGCACGCCCAUUACAACCUGUGUAUGCCCCAAAGGCCGUUAGCCAUCUGACGAUGAUAUCACAUGACAACCCUGGUUAUAAAUACUCACCAGAUAGGUGCAGCUUACUUCCUUUCUGAGGAAGUUAUUUCUGUGGGACUUAAGGGAAGCAAAACACUUGUUUAUACUUUAAUUUAUCUUCCAAUAAAAUGUUGAAUUUUGUUCUCUGA